AUGAAAGAAUACCUUGAAAGAAAUGAGAUACAUUUCAUAAGACACCUCCGCCUCCGCCCGGAUGACAUCUGGACUGCCAUACUUAUCCAAUUUAACUUCUUCGUCAAUGGACAGAGUGAGAAGCUCCGUUCUCAGUUUGUGGCGCAUGAGGGGAAGAAGCAGCUUGUCGUAUACGCAUCUGGAAAUCGUUAUACUGUCGAUUUCAGUGCGAUGGCGAAGGAUAUGACACGGGAAUUGGAGAAAAAUGUUGUUGACCCGUCUUUGUGUGCGUGGAUCCUCCCGAUGUUCAGCACGACGACUACGACGGAUACGAUCAUCGCUUCUGUGAUUAUGAUGUCGAGCAUGAAGAAGUACUUUGAUUACAAGUUCUGUCUUGAUUGUGGGAUUCCAAGCAUUACACUGGAAGGUGAGAGAGGGGAUUGGGAGGAUAUAUUGCAGAGGAUUGAGAAGUUGAAGGAAUAUGGAGUGGAGGCGGUUGGGUGGUAUCACUUGCUGCUUCCUGUCCUUGCGCAGUUUGUGUCGGUGUUUGAUAAUGCGAAGAGCAAGAAGAAUAAGGAGUUCUGGGGGAAAGUGUGUCAUUAUGAUGGGGGCGGGAGCGGGCCGCUCUUCCUUGGUGGGUGGGUAACUGUGUUUUGUGCUUUUGAUGAGGAUGGGAGGUGGCUCAGACACAGGUUCAAAAAGAGAAUUGUGGAGGCAACAUCCUUGCCAGGAUCGUCUCCUGACGCAUUAUCGGCCUCUGAUUUUUUCGCGACUUUUACUGAUGACAGGAAUUGGGAUCAAGACGGGCCAACUCUAUCUAUCGCGGGUGCACGAUAUCACCUUGUUGAUAGCAACAAAAUACCGGUGGGCUGUACACGUGUGGAUGUCCUCGUUGACGAUAACAGAGAAGAGAUCCAGUGCAUGAUGACUGCAGAUUUGAGUUCGAUCCAAUUCGAUAUUACACAAUCCUUGCAAAUCGCCUGA